AUUCGCAUUAAGCAUUUGCAAAGUUUCCCGAUAAUUACUGUAACGGCGCAUGAAGUCAUGACAAAUUAAAGCUUAUUGCGAGUAUUUUCCUCAUCUAUGUCUCUCUUUUCCCCUUGUUUCUCUGUCUCUCUUUUUCCAUUUUCUUACGUUAUUACUCUUCUAAUAAAACCCCACCUGCAUGCCAUAAUAACGCUUCAAUAAUUGCUAUUAUAAUUUCAUGUUGCGCAAGAAGAAACAAUUAUGUAAUGAUGUAUACGAUGUCUCAAGUCGAAUUUUGUGUAAUAUGCAUGUGCAUAUUACAUAAGACUCGUACGUGCGUCUACGAUUUGAAUCUUGACAACAUGCAACGUGAAAUUUUCCACAUAUUAAGCAUUAUUUAUUGAACUGCCUUAGGCGUUUUUUUUCAGUGUUGCAAUUUUUCACGACUGACUUUACAUUCUUACAAAACAUAUGUCUCAAAACAAGCGUUCGUCUCACCUCGCAAGAUAAUGUUAGAUCUUUUUAAAGCUAGUAUAAUUCCCGUGACACACACAUACGAUAUAUGUAUUCUCGUAAGAAACGAAGAGCGAAAAUAACACAAAAGAAGAGUUUUUUCCUACUUCUGCACACACAGCAUUCGAUACAUGAAAAAGAUUCCCGCAGUGAAAACACGGUGUGUCGUGUAUUCCGGGACUUGCAUGUAAGUCGUGUAAGUUUAUCGCAAAAUGUACGGCUGAAAAAUUACAGGCAAUGAUCAUAAAUAAAACAUUGACGAUAACGAUUUAAUAUUACAAGUGUGUAAGAUCAUUAUGAAGGACAUCGACAUGCGCAUGCCACGGUUAUAGAACACAGACGUACGAUAGUCGAUUGACGAAUGAAUCUGUCUUGGAAAACCUAAUUACACGUUAUAUUUCGGAAAUAUGAGAGAGUUAUUUUGCAAUCAAUUUCCGAUGAAAAUUGUCUCCGUUGUUUUCCGCGUUCUGAAUCGUCAAAUGAAGAUCACAAGCCAGAGAACAUUGGCCACGAGAACGCCGUCAGAUCAUCAGUUGUUUUUCAGCGGAUCACCAGGACGACGAAGAAGACAUAGCGAGACGCUUGCUCGUCAACACGGCAUAGAUCUAUCGCGUCAGCGUCUUUUCGUUUGUACCCAGGCUUCAUGCGAGCAAAUAGUCGUGGCGCUGAAACGCGCGUUCAUGUCUCCCGGGAACCUGAAAUCGCCUCAGCCGUGGAUCAUGCAGGCGAGGCCGGCCAAGCGGCGGUUACCAAGCACCGGAAGUCCCGGCGCAAGAAACCGAAGAACGCUGCCGGUGACACCAAAGUGAAAGGAACGACGAAUGCCUGCAACGAAUUGCGGAAAGAAAUACACAAGUCUUAUGCCUUGCCGACAAUGCCGACGACACCGUCCUACUCGAUGACAACGAUACAAAAUCAGACUAGUUCAACUACGACCAUGCGACCUCGAUCUCUCUAUACCGCACAUAAUUAUCAUCCUCAAUCCGAGGAUGCCAAUUUUCAACGAUACGGUGAGCUGUCUAAAUAUUUUGAGCCUCCGGCGGAUCAAUGGAGCAGCUUGGGUGGCACAGCAACUACAGCAUACUCGGGAUCGGCGGCAAUUUGGCGACAGGCCAGGAAGUCGAUCUCGGGCGGGCCUUAUUAUACGACCGAGGAGUCCUCCAUUUACACUGAGAACUGGAGAGAGCAUGAUGCCGCCGAUGCCAGUGUAGGUGGCAUCGUCGCAACCCCUCACGGCACUAUAUCUUUACGACUGCACAAUAGAAUACGCGUAGACAUGACCAUCGACCGUGCCGUUAGAGUCAUCAAUUUCAAGAAUAACACAGUUCUGUCAUUGAGCGGCCGCGGAGCAGACGCCGCCUUGUUACAUCCGAACGGCAGGAUAUAUCAGUAUGGAUCACGAGUGGAGAUCGUCGCGCAUGAUACACACGGCAACAAUAAGUACGCGAAGAUGUGGUAUAAAGGAGUUAGUUUCACGUCAGAGCAAUGUGCGCUCGUCUAUCUGGUUGAUACGGCUGGGACUAGGACCACCACAGAUUCCUUCUCGGACAUGAGUCAGGAUUUCUCGCUGAAUGUCUUCUACACGGGUUCCCGUUAUGGACCGGCAUGGCUGCAGGAAGCCGCGGGACAUCUCAGUAUGGCUGAGUACUGGCAAACGGAAGAAGGCGUUGAGAAUUGGAUUAUCAACAACGUCAGAGUAUCCCAAACUCCAGAUGGUCUCGUCAGGAUUGCACGGAACAGUAACAAAUAUCAACUACGUACAUCGCCCAGCAACGGUACGGCAUCCGUGACUACGCCCUUCUUACACUGCACCGCUUCCUUGGGCCAAACUUCUUCGCAUCUAUUCGUGCGUCGUGGCGAGCGCCGCAUGCACUACGACGGUACCAGUUUUAUCGUGAGGAAUGCGGGACAUAGUGCUGGCUUUGACGAUAAUAAUCAGUUGAAGGUUUACUAGAAGAGAGCCUCGCGGAUAU